AUGGCCUCAUUCCGUAAAGUGGUGCCAGCUUCGGCACUUUUACGCCAAGGAGGCGAUGAUAUGACAGAAAAAAAGAGCAGAACUGAGUACAGGAAAGAAAAAGAUCUUGAGGAAGAACGUAAAGCUGGAACAGCGCCUGCCAUGGUUGACGUGCAAACUGGACGAGACAUUAAUCCCCACAUUCCCCAGUUUAUUUCACAAAAUCCUUGGUAUGUGCCUAGUGAUGGACCAACACUUCAGCAUCAAAGACCUCAUGCAGAACGACAGAAGGAUAUGGCCACUAUCGAUAAGUGGUAUAAGAAAGGAACUACUGGCAAGGCUGCUACCAAGUUCCGAAAAGGAGCAUGUGAAAACUGUGGUGCUAUGGGUCAUGUGAAACGUGACUGCUUCGAACGUCCAAGGAAGCUUGGUGCAAAUAAAACGGGCGACGAUAUUGCGCCAGAUGACCAUGUGCAGCCAAACCUUUUGCUUGGUUUCGAUGCUAAGAGGGACAGAUGGAAUGGGUUUGAUCCGAGCAGCCAUGAACAGGUCAUAACAGAGUUCGAGCGUUUGGAGGAAACAAGAAAGGCCAUCAAAGCAGAACAGAUUCGCGCAGGGCUGCUUGAUCCAGAGAAAGGUGCUGAUGACGACAAGUACGCAGAAGACGCUGAUAUGGCUGGUGUUUCUGUGGAUAUGGAUUCAAGAACCCGAAUAACAGUCCGAAAUUUGAGAAUUCGUGAAGAUACCGCAAAAUACCUUUUCAACCUUGCUGAAAACUCUCCAUAUUAUGAUCCUAAGUCUCGGUCUAUGCGAGAAAAUCCUUUCGCUAAUGUGCAGGGUAAGGAGAAGGAAGCAGCCAAAUUUGCGGGUGAAAACUUUAUAAGGUACACUGGUGAGGUGGUCGCAGCCAAUGAAGCGCAAGUGUUUGCGUGGCAAGCGCGUUGUAAGGGCAUUGAUGUCCAUGCGCUUGCCGAACCAACCAAGCUGGAAGCCUUAAAGAGGGAAUUCAAUAAGGAGAAAGCCAGCACUGACAAUGAACAGAAAAAAGCUUUGCUGGAAAAAUACGGCGGCAGCGAGUAUCUUGAGUCUACUCCAAAGGAAUUACUCUUUGCUCAAACGGAGGAAUAUGUUGAAUACAGCAGAAAAGGAAAAGUCUUAAAGGGUGCUGAACGUGCUCAUAUUCUGAGUCGCUACGAGGAGGAUGUACCCAAUGAACCAUACAANGAAUACAGCAGAAAAGGAAAAGUCUUAAAGGGUGCUGAACGUGCUCAUAUUCUGAGUCGCUACGAAGAGGAUGUGUACCCAAUGAACCAUACAAGUAUUUUCGGUUCCUAUUGGAAAGAUGGAUUGUGGGGCUACAGGUGUUGUCAUUCAUUUGUCAAGAAUUCGUAUUGCAUUGGAGAAGAAGGCCUCAAAUCUGAACGAGCACCACAGCCAACAUUGCCACUUGAGAAGAAAGAAGAGACGGUCGUGAAAGAAAAGGAAGCGCAAACAAGUUCCGUUAAAGAUGAAGAAAAGCCAGCGAAAGAAUCAUCUUCAUCAAGUUCCGAUACCUCCUCAUCGGAAUCAUCAAGCGAAUCUGAAGAUUCGGAAAAGGAAAGAGAAAUGGAGCGAGAAAGGGAACGCAGGAAACAAGAGGCUAGGCGACGAGAAAAGAAGAGAGAAAAGCGAAAGAGAAGGAAGCAAAAGGCAGGAGAACGGCCAAAAAAAGUGAAGAAGGAGUCUUCCGAAUCAAGUUCAAGUUCGAGUUCCGAAAGUGAUGAAGAUGGCGACAAGAAAGAAUUGAAGGAGGCUUUGCGUAAAGUUGAGAAAGACAGUUUGGAAGGACGUCAAAAAUAUCUCCAGGGUGACCGUAAGCGGAAGUAUAACAGCACCUACGACGACAAACCAUUGACUGAAGCAGAACAAGAGGCAUACAAGCUCACCGCUAUCCACUCAGCAGAUCCAAUGGCAGCAUAUAUGAAUGAGAAGAUGGAGAAAAAAGCACGUAAAGGGAAAUAA